AUGCCGUCCCUGGUGUAUGCGGUAGCGGCACUGGCUGCGCCUGCGAUGGCGCUCGCGCGCGCAACACUUCUUCUCAACUUGCCAGCCGGCAACGUGCGUGGACCUGUUACCAUCCACAGCGCCGAUGCUCACCAGGUGCUCGCGCACCACUUGGGCGUCAACGUUCCGGCCCUGCCACGCACGGCCGGUGACUCGCCCCAUAUGUGGCACCACCUGCCGCAUGACUGUGCAAAGUAUAGUCUCAAGGACCUUUUCGAGCCCCAGGCGCCCCGCAGCGGCGUCCUUGUGACAUUCCAUGGCCUCGAUGAUGAGCACGGUACGUCUGCCACGCUGACCUGUACAGACCUAUUCCCCGCCUCGCUCGUGCCAACGCACGAGGUGCCGAGCCACCAAGUGCCCUCAAAUGAGGCGCUAGACCACCUUGCCUCCCUGUACGAGGAGGCUGCGACGGGUGCGCAGCGCGUGUUGGCUGCGCCGCGGCCCGAGGCCACGGCCCUCGAGCGCCUGGCGCACGAGCUGUCUAGCAUCGAGCAGCUCGUCCAAGGUGCACAUGCGGACCUGGAGGCAUUCGCUCGCGCGCGCAUCUCGGCGCUCGCCGAUGUCAAGCGCGAGUUUGGUGCCCACAGCCAGACGUUCCAAGACGCCAAGGCGCAAGUGAGGCAGGUUCUUGCCUCGCUUGUGCACCGUGCCGAGCAGCUGGCCGGCACUCGUGUCGCCCUGGUUCAUACAUCCGAGGCGAAGGACCCCGCGCUGCAGCGGCGCACACAGUCGCCUCUCCCGUUGAAGACCGCCCCGCAGCCGAUGCGCGAGUGGGCCGCCUUCGCAGCCAUGGACCAGGCUCCCAAGAGCUGCUACACACAGCGCGAGCAGCUCGAGGCCGCAACAAACACGUGUAGCUUGCGCGGUACGCCCGUCCAGACGACCAAGGGCGGCAAGCUGUGCUGGCGGUGCAAGUGCAUGCCGGUACGCGAGGGUGGCCGCACGCGCUUCUUUGCCGGCGCCGCGUGUGAGAAGGACGACUAUUCAUCACAGACCCUCCUCAUUAUCGGCACUGUCGCCGCUCUGUACGUCGCCAUCGUUGCAAGUAUUGCUCUUCUCUACCGCGAAGGCCAGAAAGAGCUCCCUGGCACGCUUGCGAGCAUAUCUCUGACGAUCUCGUUUAGUCAGCGUAGCGGCUGCCCUGCGCACGAAGACCGAGAGUCGUUUUUCAUGUCGCCCACCCCGACGGUGGCGGAGGGAGUGGCCGCUCCUCUGCCCACGGGGCGGGGCCAGUUCUCCCGUACUUUGGGCUGGCGUGAUCCACCGCCGCAUCUGGAGCUGCUCCAGGCGGCGUACGUGCUGCGGCACGGCGAGCGCACGCCGGUUCGACGCCGGCUCACUACGGCUGACCCACCUGUAUCGUCGACGUGGAAUUUAUGCCAUACAUCGAGGGAAUUCGAGCGCUCAGUGCUGCAUAUGGUGGGCACAGAUCGCCUCCCGGCCUUGACGCAAAUUCAGCGCCGUAUCGAGGUCGCGGGGCAGCCUGGCGAAAGCCCCGAGAUCGGUCAGCAGGGCGACUGUCUUCUCGGUGAGCUGACCGACGUUGGGCGGCUUUCGAUGUUGCGCCUCGGUCAGGCCUUGCGCAAGCGCUACGUGGACCUGGAACACCUACUUCCUACGACGCUGGUGGCCGGUGACCAGGACAAGCUGUACCUGCGCAGCACUGCUAUGGGCCGCACGAUCCAGAGCCUCGACCAGGUCAUCACCGGGCUAUUGGGCCCGCAGAACCACGCAUUUGUGCCGCACGAGUACAUCCGAAAUCCCCUCGACGAGGAUAUGCUCCCAUACCCCCGCGGCUGCCGUCGGCUGCACGCGCUCAUGCAAAAGUACGCGGCUGAAGCCGCGCGACUGUACAACCCUGUCCUUGCACGCUACGACCACCUCGUUUCGCCAAGCGACUGCGGCCAUCUGCCCCGUGUCAAUGCGAGCCCCGCGGUGAGUGGUCUCAUCGAUACGAUCCGGUCGCUGGAAGCACAUGCGUUGCCUAUACCCCCAGCAUUCCAGGAUCCGUCGCUGCUGGAGCUCAUGGAGCGCGCCGUACUACACGAGUGGUUCGGCGGCUACCGCGCACCCGACCCCGAGGAACGCCGGCAGUACCGGCGCCUGGCCCUCGGGCCGUUUGUGGAGAGUCUCUACCGGCCGAUGGAACGCCGCGCGGUGCGGGGCGACGCGGAGCCGCUACGACUCUCGGUGUUCCUCGGGCACGAUGCGACGCUCGUCGGACUGUGUCACAUUCUCGAUGUGUUCAAUGAUCGCUGGCCCGCGUUUCACGCGGGGCUGGCCAUCGAGCUCUUCCGCGAUCGCAAAGAAACGGCGCCUGCGACAGAGCAGCACCAGCCGGGCUACUACGUACGCUGCCGGUACGGCGACGAGGAGCUGCGCCUGCCUGGUUGCCGCGCCCCUGGGCAGCACUAUCCAGGGCGCCCCGAAUUGUGCUCACUGGAUGCGUUCCGUGCGAUCAUGGUCGACAGGCUGCGGCAUCCCCAGCAACUGACCAUCCAGGAUGAAUGCAAUAUGAUAUGA